UAAAGAGCCAUGAUCCUGAACGCCUCAUAUCUGGGCUGGGAUGAGUCCUCAGGUGCAGAUCCCAUCUUCCCUCUGGACCCACUGGAUGGCUCAUCUACAUAUGAAGUCCCGCCCCUCACUGUGUGGGGCGUGGCCCUGUGUGUUUCCGGAACCCUCAUCGCCACUGAAAAUGCAAUAGUUGUCACCACCAUCUUGGCCACCCCGUCUCUUCGCGCCCCUGUUUUCUUGCUGCUGGCUAGCCUUGGUUUGGCAGACCUCCUGGCGGGUAUCGCUUUGAUCUUGCACUUCCUCUUCCUGUUCUGUGUGGAGCCCAGUGAUUGGUCAGAACUGCUGACCUCAGGACUGCUGGUGACAUCACUGACUGCGUCGCUCUGUAGCCUGAUGGGUGUUGCGUUGGAUCGAUACCUGUCUUUAAGCCACGCCCUCACCUAUGGUUCGAGCCAAUCACGUCACAGAGCCGCCAUCCUCCUGCUGGUGGUCUGGUUGGGUGCGUGUGCCAUCGGGGCGGGACCUGCGAUGGGAUGGCACUGUCUGCAUGAGCCAAACUCCUGUUCGGUAGCACGACCUCUGACCCGGACAUACCUAUCGCUGCUGUGUGGCGGCUUCCUGGUGGUUGUCAUUGUAACUCUGCAAUUGUAUGCUGGGAUCUGCCGCGUGGCGAGGCGGCAUGCCCACGCCAUCGCUACUCAGAGGCACUUCCUCACUGCCAACCAAUCGUAUGCAAGCAAACACAGCAGUGGGAGGGGCUUCUCUCGCUUGAUCCUGGUCCUCAGCGUGUUUGUGGGCUGCUGGAUGCCGUUCUCCCUCUGGGGCUUGCUGGGAGACGCAUCCAGCCCUCCUCUGUACACCUAUGCCACACUGGUGCCGGCGGCGGGCAGCUCGCUGCUGAACCCGAUCCUCUACAGUCUGAGAAACAAAGACAUUCGCAAGGUGCUGCUCCAGGCCUGCUGCCCGCACAGAUACACACACAACACACACAUACACUACCCUGUUGACGUGUAAACUGCCAAACCUCGCCAAACAACCACACAAUCUAUGCCAGACAUAUCACUGUUUGUGUGCAAAGAUACACACAUAGCUGCAUUGACUAUCAUCCAGAUCCAGAACAUGACACACACUCCCACACACACACGAGAAGCACUUCUCCGAGAGAUGAAGUCCCUCGGCAAAUCAGAACGUUCUGGACUGAUCUGGCUGACGGCCAUUUUGGGAGUAAACGUACGGUCUUAUUUGUACUUCGUGCCUCAUCCUCAGUAAAUUGUAGCUCCACUGGAUCCCAAGACUGAAACAAUCACGGGGCGCUGUAGAAAUCAUAGAAAGUGGAUUUAAUCACCGUUGGCACUUUAAGACGAGAGGAAGGGAUGGGUUUUUUAAAUGUAAGCCUACUACAUUGUAAUAACGUGAUCCAAAGGCCAAUUUUAUUUACUUGAAUGUCUAGAAAACACAAUGCUCUAGAUCUUUGAGAUUCUAC